AUGCAGAACAAUAGACAGUGUGUCAAUGGUAGGAAGUGCAGGAAAGAGCUGAUAUCUGUGAAAUCGUUAAAUUUCAAAAUGUGUAGUGUACAAAAAUUUCUCAGUAAAAAGACAAUUUAUGGACCACGAAAAGAACCGGUUUGGGUAUAUUUGGAGAAGGAAAUGAAACAAAAUAUUGACAAAAAGCCGUACAAUGAAAAAGUAGGAGCUUGGUUAAAAUUUUUAAGAGAUCUCCAUUAUUAUUUUUACCGUGAAAGUAAAAGAAAAUUAAGACAGCUCAAUAAAGAAGUCGGACCCUCGUGGUAUUUUGAACUCUCGACCGACCAGCGGAUAGUUUUGGAUGAACUUAAAGUUAAUAUACACCAGGAUCUGCUAGAAGAUCUGCCAAAUCGAACAAGAAAAUCUCUAGCAGACCUUGGAUUAACAUUGAAAAUUCCAAAAAACGUUCUAAUGCAAGCUAUGAAAGAUUCGGUUGAAGAUACCGGAGUUUUCAUUUGGAAUUUAUACAAAGCUAUUUACAAAACGUUUCCAAGUGAAGGACGAGCGAGCUAUGAUAUGAAUGCAAUGAUUCUGAUGUCCAGUAUGGUUUUCAUCGAUUUAGAAGAAUGUAUACAAAAACUAGAAAAACUAACUGAUAUAAAAAAUAUACCUCCAGCUAAAAGUAAAAAAAAACAACGUAGAAACUUUCAGCCUGAUGUACGUUACGGUGAAUAUUUACAGCGGUGCUACGUGCCGUUUUACAGUAAUCAUGGUUCUGGCCAAAAAAAGAUGAAGAAACCACCGCCAUUAGGUUAUAAGUUUCGAUUAAGAAGCCAGGAGAGUUAUGAAACACUGUGCAGGAAUAAUGACUUCUUGCUUAAACGUAAAGAACGAAACAAAAAAGAAAAACAAGCUGAGAGAAUUUGCAAGUACAAAUUUUGGGAGCCACCCAGUACUUUAAGAAACACUGACCCGAAAAUGGCAGCAUACGUAAAUAAGUUGAAGAUGAUAAAACAGAAGGCAAAACCGAAACACAAAGCGCCUUACCCUAAUUCACAGUUUGAAGUCGGCGGUGUGGCAUUUACCGGCGGAUCUCCACAUUAUCUCUUGACGAGCAUUUCACUGUUACCAACUGGUUACAUUCAUAUAAAUGGAGGGAUAGCGCUAGCCAACGGUGAAUACGUUACGUGUAUUCAAGGGUUCUGGAAAUUUCCUAAAGAAGUUAAAGAGGAAUGCGACGAGGCAUGUAAUUGCGCUACAAAAUGGGAAGCCGAUGUAAUGUCCUAUCUUGCUAAUACGAAAUGUAAAUGCGGUCAUCUAUAUGAUUUUUACCAUGAAGAAAAAUUGAUUGAAAAAUAUUUUCAUCCACCAUCUAAGCAUGGGCCUUUCUGGGUUGAUCAAGCGAAAAUCUAUCAGUUCGAUAAUUUAGAAGAAUUCGUUAAGCAAACUGUAAAUGAAGCCAUGCUGUCUGGAGACCCCACGCCAAAACCGUCUCUGCCAACGAUUUCUGCUUCCGGCUUAAGCACGAAGGAUUUAUUAGCGGCUCUAUUAGCGGAUCUGUCUGAUACUCCGCUGCUCAUACCUCAUUUGCCACAGGCUAACCUAUUGAAGAAUCUUCAAGAGUGGGUGCGAUUACGGGUUAACGGGAAAAUAAGCCCUCGGGAAAGCAAACUGCUCAAUCUACACUCGUUGCGCAGAUGGUUAGAUCUUAAGCAUAUGGAUUUUAGGGCUCGAGCCUAUAUGAUUCCGUUUAGUUUAAAAGAACUCAAACUGAUGAACUGGUCACAUCGUCAUUUAAUCCAAAAAUUGUUUGAAAUAUUACUGAAUGACUUUGUAACAAGGAAUAGACUAAGACAAUUAGAGCAAACUCGACUAUGGUGGUCCACAACUAAAUACGAUGUUUAUCCAAGUAAAGCAUUUCUAGAUAUUUUCUUUACAUACAUGCCAGGAAGAAUGAAAGACACUUUUCUAAUAAAUCCUUAUAGUUCUGAACGGACACCAAAGUAUGGCGCGAAGACCUGUCCACUAUAG